AUGGCCCACCUAUGGCAACUUUUGAGUUUAUGGAUUUUUGUUUUGAGAAUAACCAGUGCUAAGCUCAUACCUGAUGUUUUCACAGGAUUCAGAAUACUGAACAGUGGGAAUGCAAAUAGAGAUGUUUUUCAGGCUCAGCUUUCAUUCACUGUUCCAUUAGCCGCAAGUCCGCAAAUUGGUGACACUUUUGAAUUGAGCAUGCCAUUUGUCAGGAAAAUUUAUUCAAACAUAACCAAUGCCCAAGGAAAUUGGGUAUAUAUUUCUGACGGAAAUACCAACUAUGCCACAUGUUUAAUUUCUAACGGAUUUAGUACAGGGGAGCCAACUACCCUAAGCUGUACAAUCAAUGAAGAUUCCAGCGUGGAUGUAACUGGUCUAAUGAGUAUUAGCAUAAGACUAGCUCCAGGAAUGUCAAUUGGUGAAAAAGCCGCAGCAAAUGCUCUUAGCGUGGGUGUAAAUACAUUGACGUGGAAUUCAAUGACAGCAACAAUAUCGCUGACUUCUGAUACUAUAUACAGCACAAAAGCCACUGCAACUAACUUUGGUGUAUACGGAGAGCCAGCUCCAGGUAGCGAUACAAGUUACCUUUAUUAUUUAUUGGGUCCCUCAUGUGCGAGUUCGUUUUCAGAGAACUUUAGAGUAAUUUUUAGUGGUUCGAAUAGUGGUGUCGGAACUUUAACAUCAUGCAGUGAUGUUGCUCUUUUUAUGGCUUCAUCGUUCAAUGACUGGGGAUUUCCAAAAGAUCCCCAAAUAUUACCUUCACAAUACUACUCAAUGUCGUGUUCUGGAAAUACUGUUUCAGUUUCAGCUAGUAGUAUACCUGCUAAUUACCAUAUUUUCAUGACUGCCUAUCAAGCAUUGCCCUCAACUUCUUAUGUUAGUCUCGGGAUCACAGAAAAAGUUUUGGCGACCAGAACUUGCGCAGCAAGUACAAAAGCUUUCAGUACCACAGGGCUAUGGAUAAUAACAACGGGUUCGGCUGGUGGAGCAGCGUCUGUGAUUCAUAACACUCAGUCUACUACCACCAAGCCAUGGACAGGCACGGCCACUAGCACAUUUUCAACUUCAAUUUUUACGUUCACAGGAAGCGAUGGUCUUCAAACAACUGAGACUAUUUAUUAUGUGGGAACACCUUUAUCAACCACCACUGAACCUUGGACUGGAACAAAGACAUCGACUACAACUGGUGUAAUUGAUGUUACCGAUAGCGAUGGCAAGGUAGUCACAACAACAGUGGUUAUUGUCGAAACACCACUGUCUACUACAACAGUUCCAUGGACAGGAACCGUCACGUCCACUACUACCGGAUUAGUCGGUAUCACUGGCACCGAUGGCAACACCACACCAACUACCCUUGUGAUUGUUGAGACACCAUUAUCUACAACCACGGUUCCGUGGACGGGUACUGUCAUAUCAACCACAACUGGAUUAAUCGAUAUUACCGGCACAGAUGGUAACACUACACCAACUACCCUAGUGAUUGUUGAGACGCCGCUAUCUACUACUACAAUUCCAUGGACAGGAACCGUCACAUCGACUACCAUUGGAUCAGUGGUUGUCACCGGCACCGAUGGUAGCACCACGCCAACUACUCUUGUGAUUGUCGAGACACCACUAUCCACAACCACAGUUCCAUGGACUGGCACUAUCACAUCAACCACUACUGGAUUGGUCGAUAUUACCGGCACUGACGGCAACACCACCCCAACUACUCUUGUGAUUGUUGAGACGCCACUAUCUACCACCACGGUUCCAUGGACUGGCACUAUCACAUCCACUACUACUGGAGUGGUCGAUAUCACUGGCACCGAUGGUAGUGUUACGCCAACGACAUUGGUAAUUGUUGAGACACCACUAUCUACUACUACUGUGCCAUGGACUGGUACUAUCACAUCAACCACUACUGGAUUGGUAGAUAUCACCGGUACAGAUGGUAGCACCACCCCAACUACUCUGGUGAUUGUUGAGACACCACUAUCUACCACCACGGUUCCAUGGACUGGCACUAUCACAUCCACUACUACUGGAUUAGUCGAUAUCACUGGCACCGAUGGUAGUGUUACGCCAACGACAUUGGUAAUUGUCGAGACACCACUAUCAACCACUACGGUUCCAUGGACUGGCACUAUCACAUCAACCACUACUGGAUUGGUCGAUAUUUCCGGUACAGAUGGUAGCACCACCCCAACUACUCUGGUGAUUGUUGAGACACCACUAUCGACCACCACGGUUCCAUGGACUGGCACUAUCACAUCCACUACUACUGGAGUGGUCGAUAUUACCGGCACUGACGGCAACACGACGCCAACUACUCUCGUGAUUGUUGAGACGCCGCUUUCUACUACUACUGUACCAUGGACUGGGAAUGGAACGUCCACCACAACUGGUUUGGUCGAUAUCACCGGUACAGAUGGUAGUGUUACGCCAACGACAUUGGUAAUUGUCGAGACACCACUAUCGACCACUACGGUUCCAUGGACUGGCACUAUCACAUCAACCACUACUGGAUUGGUCGAUAUUACCGGCACUGACGGCAACACCACCCCAACUACUCUUGUGAUUGUUGAGACGCCACUAUCUACCACCACGGUUCCAUGGACUGGCACUAUCACAUCCACUACUACUGGAUUGGUCGAUUUCACUGGCACCGAUGGUAGUGUUACGCCAACGACAUUGGUAAUUGUUGAGACACCACUAUCGGCCACCACGGUUCCAUGGACUGGCACUAUCACAUCCACUACUACUGGAUUAGUCGAUAUCACCGGCACCGAUGGUAGUGUUACGCCAACGACAUUGGUAAUUGUCGAGACACCACUAUCUACUACUACUGUACCAUGGACUGGUACUAUCACAUCAACCACUACUGGAUUAGUCGAUAUUACCGGCACUGACGGCAACACCACCCCAACUACUCUUGUGAUUGUCGAGACACCACUAUCCACAACCACGGUUCCAUGGACUGGUACUAUCACAUCAACUACUACUGGAUUGGUAGAUAUCACUGGCACCGAUGGUAGCACCACCCCAACUACUCUGGUGAUUGUUGAGACGCCACUAUCUACCACCACGGUUCCAUGGACUGGCACUAUCACAUCCACUACUACUGGAUUGGUCGAUAUCACUGGCACCGAUGGUAGUGUUACGCCAACGACAUUGGUAAUUGUUGAGACACCACUAUCUACUACUACUGUGCCAUGGACUGGUACUAUCACAUCAACUACUACUGGAUUGGUAGAUAUCACCGGCACUGACGGCAACAUCACCCCAACUACUCUUGUGAUUGUUGAGACGCCACUAUCUACCACCACGGUUCCAUGGACUGGCACUAUCACAUCCACUACUACUGGAUUGGUCUAUAUUACCGGCACUGACGGCAACACCACCCCAACUACUCUUGUGAUUGUCGAGACACCACUAUCUACUACUACUGUACCAUGGACUGGGAAUGGAACGUCCACCACAACUGGUUUGGUCGAUAUCACCGGUACAGAUGGCAACACCACCCCAACUACUCUCGUGAUUGUCGAGACACCACUAUCUACUACUACUGUGCCAUGGACUGGUACUAUCACAUCAACUACUACUGGAUUGGUAGAUAUCACCGGUACAGAUGGUAGCACCACCCCAACUACUCUGGUGAUUGUUGAGACGCCACUAUCUACCACCACGGUUCCAUGGACUGGCACUAUCACAUCCACUACUACUGGAUUGGUCGAUUUCACUGGCACCGAUGGUAGUGUUACGCCAACGACAUUGGUAAUUGUUGAGACACCACUAUCGGCCACCACGGUUCCAUGGACUGGCACUAUCACAUCCACUACUACUGGACUAGUCGAUAUCACUGGCACCGAUGGUAGUGUUACGCCAACGAGAUUGGUAAUUGUUGAGACACCACUAUCUACUACCACGGUGCCAUGGACUGGCACUAUCACAUCCACUACUACUGGAUUAGUCGAUAUCACUGGCACCGAUAGUAGUGUUACGCCAACGACAUUGGUAAUUGUUGAGACACCACUAUCUACUACUACUGUGCCAUGGACUGGUACUAUCACAUCAACCACUACUGGAUUAGUCGAUAUCACCGGCACUGAUGGCAAAACCACUCCAACCACACUGGUGAUUGUCGAGACACCCUUGACUGGUGAAUCCUCUACUGGAAUAAACCUUCACACUAAAACUAUUCCUUGGACCGGUUCAUUUACUUCAACCAGUACAGGAUUGCUAGAAAGCACUGGAUCUGAUGGAAUUUUGCUUUCGACCAGUAUUGUGUACGUCGAGAUACCUUUGUCUACUUCAACGAUUCCUUGGUCUGGUAUAAUGACUUCAACCUCGACUGGUCAGAUGUAUAUCACUGGAAGUGAUGGGGUUGCAACUCCAACUACUCUUGUUUUUGUUGAAACACCAACGUUUGGUUACUAUAGCAACUCUACAUCUAACUCAGGCUCGAGCACGACUUCUUCACACGAUAGUACAGCGAUACCAAAUUUUGAGUCUUCUAGCCAGGGCAAAUCCGACAUUAUGGGGAGUAGCACAACAUUUACGCCUAUGGAUUCAACUGUUACAACCACUCACACCAAUGCUAUAACGAGCUACACUACCAGCUACCUUGAAAAAAGUACCUCAUCAUUUGUUGGCUCAACAGGAGAGCUUAAACGAUCAUCAUCUAAAGUUAGUCUUGAAUCAUCAACCUAUGACAGUGCAUCUGCUUCAAUCACUGCUUCAACCACAGGAUACAUCAUCUCAACUUCAAACGACUAUAUGACCUCGAAGGAGUAUUCAUCAACAGGAAAAGAAGGUGUAAAACAAAGCAGUUUCUCGAACUCAAUGACCGAAGAUAGAAGCAGUGUUGCAACUACCUCUCAUACUUUGCCACAAACCCCUUCUUCUCAGAUAGUCACCCCGGUAGUAACAAGGAUAUCAGUUUCCUCCGAGGCAUCCAAAACACUCGAAAGUAUUUCGAUCUUUUCAGAUGCUAUUAAUUCAUGGACUAUUGUCGAAACUGCAAAAUCGGGGCAUCCUGACUCAAUUACUACACCCGAAAGUCAAGAGCAUAUCCCAUACACAACGUCAGGAUCAAAUAAGGCGACGAUUCCGAGCAAUUCUAUUUCUGUGGUAUCUCAAUCGCAGGUCGUGGAUCGCGGAACACUAACUACUGGUGAAGAGGCUGAUAGCCCUUCCACAGAGCUUACAGCAGCAAACACUAUAAAAUCCGAAAGCAAAGUUUAUUCGCAUAUGACUCAAAGUAAUGAAUUCCAGUCACUCAGUACUUCAAAGGUCGCUACGCCAGUAUUAUCUCAAUACUCAGGAACAACACUCAUCUCUAGUGGUACCACCACUACUUUAACAUCAAUCUCUAUAUACUCUGGUGCCGCUAACAAAAUGACUGGAGGACUUUUCAUGAUUUUACCUUUAUUAAUGGUAUGA